CACGGUCGAGGCGUAGUUCAUACUUCGCGGGCUCCUCGUGCAUGUGGCCGCAGCGUCCACGUCAGCAGCAGAUCAGCACCAUGGACAGCCGCGCCUGGUCAAUAAUAAAGAGCCAGAGCUCCUUCGCUUCCCAGCUGCUUCCAGCUGCUUAGCGCGUGGGGAGAGGCUCAGCACCCACCGGAGACGGAUGGACGGGUAGAGGGAAACAGCGAUGGGUUCUCCAGACAGUCGAGGGUCCUUCUCUACUCGAGGUUCUGCUUUUUCUUCUCUCCAUUCCGGAAAAGGCGGCUACGUCGGUUCAAUCUCCAACCGACCAUUUCGAGGAUGGAAAUCAGCGCCAGCUGCAUCACCACCAUCUAUCUGAUCCAAUAAUCAAUGCCAUUACUGCUGUGUAAUUGGUCACGGAUGCGAAGAUAUCUUCAUAUGUCUACCUUGUCCGCCUCUCCAAUUAGAGGAGUCGCUGGUUGCUUUUGUUUUUAUUGUGAUUAUCGUUAUUUUCCUGCCUCUUCGGCGUUUCAGCGCUGCCUGUGCCAUAUUUUCUGGCUUGCAAUGAGAUGUUGAUGGACAUCAAGCGGAGACGUUGGGCUUCUGAGUGAUUUUUGUUUCCACGCACAAUUAGGUCCGUGAAAAUGCAAAUAAGGAGGAUUGUGUCGUCGAUCUCGAUUCGGAUUUUGAGGUUGGACGGUGCCAAGUGUUCGUGGAUCAACCAGGGGCUUCACAAAAAGGAAAUGGAAUAGAGACAGAAAAGGUGACUGUGAUCUGACGAGUGGCCCACAUCUGAAAAACAACAUUCAUAUUAUAACCAAGUUCAAACUUCAAUUUCAUGACUCUGCUUUUUUUUGGAUUAUGAUUGUUGACGGGAGUCCCAGCUGUGACUUUGUGGAUGGCAUGUCGUUGUAUUUUACGUCCCAUCAUCUAUUCCCUGGCUUUGGCUCGCUCUCGGCUCCACUCAUCCACUCUCUCGCAGUCUUCUGCUUUGGGUAGCAAAACAUGUAGGCUAUUUUUGCUGCAAGCCCAGUGCAUCUGAAAAAGACGGUGCCUUUGAGAGCAGUAGUGAAGAAAAUGGGCCGUGGAAAUCACAAAAACGGUUCAAGUAGUAAUGUCCUUUUCGAGGUGCGCGGAAGAUGCAUCAAGAGAGCGACUGCUGAGAUGUUUGAGUAGCCUAAUGAAUAUUGAAGGAGUGAGUUGGUCAGGAGAAACGGAAAAAUCUUUCAUCCGCAUUGGCUUGGAAACACGUGCCAUCAGUGGAGCAAGAGCCUUUAUUCCUCUGGAUGCUCAUAAUUAUGGUGUUUCAGGAAACUACGAUCAAAUAAAAACACAGGGCGUUUGAACAUUAUUACACUCAACAACAACAAAUAAUAAUUAUUAUUAUUCCAAACAAAGACCGACAAUUCCCCUUUUAUCCCAGUCUGGCGGAUCCUUUAUGUAGCCCAACAUGUUCAAGUAUCGGAUCCGCAUGUUUUUUAACGAACUGAAAGUCCUGGUGUUUAUGCGAUCAGAUUCGAGGCAGUCCGGCUCAGACGCAGAUCGACGCUCCAGCACCAUGCGAGACCUGGGGAUGCGAGGCUGCGGUUGGCCGCCUUUCGUCGACUGCCAUUCCCGCGAUGACGAGGAGGAGUACUACGGCAGCGACCCGCGGCCCCGGAGCCUGGCGUUCGAGGACAAGGAGCCCAAGCUGCAAGUGGGCCUGGACGCAGUGUCCCUGGCCAGCACGGCCAGCAGCCUGCGAACACCCCAGUGCCGAAUCUGCUUCCAAGGCCCAGAGCAGGGGGAGCUGCUGAGCCCCUGCCGCUGUGAUGGCUCUGUGCGCUGCACCCAUCAGCCCUGCCUUAUCCGCUGGAUCAGCGAGAGAGGCUCCUGGAGCUGUGAGCUGUGCUACUUCAAGUACCAGGUCCUGGCCAUCAGCACCAAGAACCCUCUGCAGUGGCAGGCCAUCUCUCUGACUGUGAUAGAAAAGGUGCAGAUUGCUGCCAUCAUUCUGGGCUCCCUGUUCCUCAUCGCCAGCAUCUCCUGGCUCAUCUGGUCCUCGCUCAGUCCCUCGGCCAAGUGGCAACGUCAGGACCUGCUGUUCCAGAUCUGUUACGGCAUGUACGGCUUCAUGGACAUCGUCUGCAUAGGCCUCAUCAUUCAUGAAGGAUCAUCGGUGUACCGCAUCUUUAAACGAUGGCAGGCUGUCAAUCAGCAGUGGAAAGUACUGAACUAUGAGAAAUCUAAGGACCUGGGCGACCCGGUGAGUCUGAGUAGUAAGAUGGGGACUCGCAGCUCUCGCAGCAACCCUCACGGCCUGGCCAGCAGCAGCGAGCGACAGAGCCGGCGGCUAAGAACUAUUCUCAACCACCAUUGUGGAUACACGAUCUUGCACAUCCUCAGCCAACUGAGGCCCAAUGACCCGCGGAUCAGCUCUGCAACCAACCGGGAGGUGGUGAUGAGAGUCACCACUGUAUAACGCGAGCCGGACCGACGCAGGCGAAACGAGUGGAGGGACUUAGAAGCCCAUUAAAUGCUGAACAGGAGCCCUGUGAGAAGCGUGAUGGCUAGAGCAUCAACCCACAGCACACACCACAGCUCCAGAUGCUUUUUCAAUAAUGAAGAAAACUGAUGAAAAUAAGAACAAAACCGUUGGAAGGCAUCCAACAGGAAAGGGGAAGCGGGUUUGAGCAGGCUUUAUAAUCCAACCCACCACAAUGAGCCCUUUUUUCCUUUUAUUCUUCCUGCUUUGAUUUGUCUUUUUGGGGGAUUUUUAUUUUACUCACUUUGGUUUUGUACUGAUGUAUGAUUUUUAGAGGAAAUCAUGUAACUUCAUACACUCCAAGCGUUUUCCAGACAACUAUAUAUAACGAUCUUAGACUUUUUAACAAGUUAUAUGAUGCUAGUAAUACGACCGAAAAACUAAUAAACACAAACGUGAAGGAGGCGUGGAGGAAACAACAAUAACAAUAAGUCAUUAGAACCAAGAAAAAAAAGACAAAAAAAAAAGAAAGCGAUGAGAAAUCAGUGACCUGUAACCUUCCUGCAAUAAACAGACAUAUGUACAUUCACAGGGAAUUUUGCAUGGGUAUAUAAUUUUAUUUGUCAUCACAUAGAAGCACAUGACAAAUUUGCUCUACUUCAAAUGGUGCUUGCCAAAAUGAAAAAAAAGGAUUUUUUUUGCAUCAACGUUUUGUCAUGAAAAUGGCCAUGUGUUCCAUCAGCUAAAAGACAGAUGGUUGCUGCUGUGUGCUGAUUCAGAUUUGAUAAUAAGUAAACUAUUGGAUUAAACGGGAUCAACGAUCUCCUACUAA